CCUUUAUUUUUAGAGUGUUUCUUUCUCUUAGGGGGAAACUGCUGCACAGCAGCAGGGACUUUUAGAGGUGACUGCAGACCGAAGGAGAAAGGCGGAGUGUGUGGGACAGGCAGCCCAAAGCCUGUCUCAAAGUUAAACUUGGCUGUAUUUUUGUCUGGAUAUAUAUAGAUAUAGAUACAGAUACAUGAAUGUGAGUAUGCAUAUGCAUACGCACACAUAUAUACUGGAGUGUGUGUGUGGAUGAAGUGUAGAUGUAUUUCAAGCCUUUGGUUUAUCAGCUGUGAGAGGAUGAGAUGUCCCUGCAGAAGUACUUUCUCACAGCUGGGAUCAGGGUCUCUGGGUGUGGAUCCCGGGCCUGCAUGGUGGUGCCACCCGCUCAGGUUCCCUGGCACCUGGGGUAUCAGUCCCUUCUGGCUUACAGAUACGGUGCUGGUGCUUCCCCUCCCAUGCCUCCCCCCAGACAUUUCACUGCAUGUCUUUGAAAUUAAGGGGCACUUCUCCACACAAGUUUGGUGGCUCUCCUCCACAUUCCACUCCUCCGUGGAGUGCUGUGCCCAGGCAGAAUGGUACAUGUCUCUCUUCUUUCAGGUCCCCAACCUUCCUUAUCCCUCUUGCUGAAGGCCCUUCCACACAUGUCAGCUCCACAAGACUGCAGAGAUAGGGAGCAAUAUCCCAAUUAAUCGGGGGCCCUGACCCAUCCCAACCCCCAUUGAUCACGGGUUCUGCGGUGUGCACGGCAAUUGCAUUUCUUGCGCUUUAAGUGAGCAGCUCCUGUCUCGUGGUCAGUUCUUCAGAGACCUUGGAGUCCCUUUCAAAUUUGGUGGUUGCUUCUCUUUUUCUCCCUUUUCCCCCUUUUUUCCUUUCUUUCCUUUGUUUUUGUCUUCCUCCCUUCCCUCCUCAGUGAGAAGAAGAACAGUGAGAAGGAAGAGGGAAGGCUUGAGAGCAACGAUGGCUGACGACCAAGACCUUUCAGAGGUGGAGAUGAGCCCAGUGGGCUCUGAAGACCACCACUGCCUCUCCCCGGGACCCUCCAUGGCAUCAGACAACUCCCCGCACCUCACUGGCUCUGGGAAUGGGGAGAUGGGGAAGGUCAAGAAGGAACAGCAAGACUCGGAGGCGGAUGAUGACAAGUUCCCGGUGUGCAUCCGCGAGGCAGUCAGCCAGGUGCUGAGCGGCUAUGACUGGACCCUGGUUCCUAUGCCCGUCCGGGUCAAUGGAAGUAACAAGAGCAAACCCCAUGUCAAGCGGCCCAUGAAUGCCUUCAUGGUCUGGGCACAGGCUGCCCGGAGGAAACUGGCUGACCAGUACCCACACCUGCACAACGCCGAGCUCAGUAAGACCUUGGGGAAGCUCUGGAGGUUGUUGAACGAAAGCGACAAGCGGCCCUUUAUCGAAGAGGCGGAGCGGUUGAGGAUGCAGCACAAGAAGGACCAUCCUGAUUACAAGUACCAGCCCCGCCGGCGGAAAAACGGCAAGGCCACACAGGGCGAGGGUGAAGGCCAGGUAGAGGGGGACGCUGGUGGGGCUGCUGCCAUCCAGGCCCACUACAAGAGCGCCCACCUGGAUCACAGGCAUCCCGGAGAAGGGUCGCCCAUGUCUGACGGUCAUCCAGAACACUCCUCAGGUCAGAGCCAUGGGCCCCCCACACCUCCUACCACCCCUAAGACCGAGAUGCAGGCAGGCAAAGCCGAUUCCAAACGAGAAGGGCGUUCGCUGGGGGAAGGAGGAAAGCCACACAUUGACUUUGGCAAUGUGGACAUCGGGGAGAUCAGUCACGAGGUGAUGUCCAACAUGGAGACCUUUGAUGUCAAUGAAUUCGACCAAUACCUGCCGCCCAACGGACACGCCGGCCACCCCGGCCACGUCGGAGGCUAUGCGGCAGCGGCCGCUGCUGGCUAUGGCCUUGGGAGCGCCCUGGCUGCAGCCAGUGGACACUCUGCCUGGAUCUCCAAGCAGCAUGGAGUCUCCUUGUCCACUGCCACCUCAUCGGUGGUGGACUCAAAGGCCCAGGUGAAAACGGAGGGGUCCACCCCUGGAAGCCAUUACACUGACCAGCCCUCCACCUCCCAGAUUGCCUACACAUCCUUGAGUCUGCCCCACUACGGCUCGGCCUUCCCCUCCAUCUCCAGGCCACAGUUUGACUACCCGGACCACCAGCCCUCGGGACCCUACUACAGCCAUUCCACCCAAGCCUCUGGCCUCUACUCUGCCUUCUCCUAUAUGGGACCUUCCCAACGUCCCCUUUACACUGCCAUCUCUGACCCUGCACCCUCCGUGCCACAGUCUCAUAGCCCCACACACUGGGAACAGCCCGUGUACACAACUCUCUCCAGACCGUAGGGAAUGGGGAACAGUGACCAAAGCAGCGAUGGAAAGGCUCCCAAGAAUCAGCACAGGCAGAAGAGCCUCCGAACUCCAAGGUCACUCAGUGCCAUCCAGCCACCAGAACCUACCAAGUAUACAGAAGUGCCUUUCUUGAUCCCAGCUGUCGCUGGCACACCCACCUAGAGGAAGGUUUAUCGUCCUUUCACCCUUUACCAAUUUCACACAGGCCACGUGACUGGCUUGCGAUGCCUUAUUGGCCUUCUAGAUGAGGAGGAUUCUAGACAUGGAGUGACUGGUCUAUGGUGGGUUUUGUUGUGCACACCCUGGACUGGUAUGAUGAGAGAGACUGUCCUUUCCAUCCCCUCCCACACUGCUCCAGGGAAUUUGCAAGUGUUUCCAACAGGCCACAAUGGCCAACACAUUGUCACCUGCUGUGGGUGUAGGGUGGUGGCUCAGCCUCGGCAGAUGUGCCAUGGGAGGGGCAGUAGGGAGGUGGCAUGGCCGGCUUCCAUGCAAUCAGCAUCGUGCAGCAGUCCUGCCUAAGAUUCACACACGCAUGAAUCUCGAACCCCUUGGAAGACCAACCUACGCUUGCUUCCCUGCCAAUUUCCACAGCUGCACUCUAGCUUUUCUCCCCACCUCCUCCCUCCAUCUUGUCUCUGUUUAAUCCCACACUCUUCCCAGCAUGGAGAAUUGAAGGCUUGCCUGAACAGUACAUGGGAUUUGGGAACAGCAUGGUCAGUCUUAGCAUUACUCAUAUCACAGCCUGUGUGCACACACGUGUUCAUGUAUGAAGGUGGAGGAGAGGUGGGAAAGGACCAAUGAAUCAUUACGGUGCUAUGGGUGAAUCCUCCUUUUUUAAAAUUACUCUGUAUCAUUCAUUUAUGUCUGGCAUUUCUGGCCUCUCAGUCUCUUCUAAUCUCUUCGGAACCCCAAACAACCUCUGAGCAAACUUCGUCCUUGCUCUUCCAUGUCUGAUGGUGCCUGCAUGAAAUGAAGAGGCACCAAGAAAGCUACAAUGCACUUGCCAACACCCCGAGUUGAUUCCAGUACUCUGAGGUCCCACUCCAAACCCAGGCUGAACUCAUUCAUUCAUCAUGUCUCCCAGUCAGCCAAAACCUCUCUCCCAUCUAUGCUGAGAAUGGAAAGAUACUCCUGUGGCUUUAAGCAAGGUAGAUACAGACCCAAUCUUGGAUGAUGAAAGAAAAGAACCCCAUUUGGGUGCAAAGUAAUCUUCUUUGCCUUUGGGUUUCAAACUGGAAGCAACCAGCUCUUAGAGAUCAACCUCUUUUUUCAGCCCAACAUCUGAGGACAGUCUGCUUGCUUCUCCUUUGUCACCUCCAAGAGUGGGGUGUUUUGCCAGGUCAGGGAGUAAACCGGCACAAAAAUUGCCACUGGAAAAGAUGAUUCCUGGCAGCUGAUUGCAGAGACAUGCUGUGGGACUUCCCAAUGCAUAUUCCAGUCUAGAAAGAGACUUUAACCAAAUGUGGACUGUGAUGGGUGCUGCUGUAUCCCUCUGCUGAUAUGACUGUCAGAUGCCCUUCCUGCCUCCCUUAGCUACAGAAGACUUCUCCUUGUGGUGUCUGAAAAGAUCAUGUAGAAUGUUUGCUCCCUGUACGCAUGUAACCUCUUCCAGCCCUGUCCCCUUAUUUAUGCAAGUAGCACCUUCCUCCCCUACCUCCCUUUCCUCAGUCUCUGUGCCAUCCUAGCACCAUUAACUCUGCAUUAAACAUAUGGAA